AUGAGGCCGGAAUUAUUUGAUGUCGGAUUUGAAGGAACAACAGUCCGAGACUGCUUACGACUUCAGAAAGAAAAAAGCAGCAGUACAAUUAUUUUUGACAGUAAUGUAACAUAUGGCUCCACAUACAAAGGAUACUCAAAGCUUAAAUCAAGUAAGUAUGUCAAAAACUGUAUUCUUAACAAGGGCAGCUUUCAAUCGGAGCUUCAGCUGGAAGCGUUUCCUGCAGUCAUCAGGCCUACUGAUGAGAUUAUUCUGCAUAUGCACGAGGCAGGCAUGAUGGCCUUUGUUGAGUUCAUAAAAAUACCAAAUCAUUUCUACAUAGAUGAGUCAGGUAAGCCCUAUAGAAUUCCAUACACUAAGACGGAAAUCGCAGAUUCAAGUGUUCUGAAUCUAGAAGAAAAGCAUCUUGUUGGCAAACUGCUUAGAAGGCGUGUGGCCUUCGAGGAGUUUUUGCAGUCCCUUUCUGAAGCAUCAAGAACGAUUUUGAUAAAUGGGAUUGCCGCAGAAGACAAUAUUGCCAUGAGAAUGAAUAUGUACGCUAAAAACAUCGGCAUGGUGCCUUUCGUGUAUCCUCGUCACGGGCAUAAGGAAAUUUCGGAAAUGUUUUCAAGAUGCAACUCCAUGUGCGGCGUUGGAUAUGUUCUAGAUCCCCUGCUAUCAGUAACAGUAACGUCUACUGAUGAUAAACAUGAAAGUAGAAUGGAAAAGGUGCAUGCAAGUGAGGAUUUAGUUAAUGGAUCGGCUUUAAGUUCUGCACAUACCAAUGCAGACACACACAAAAUACCAAAUGAUUAUGCAUACAAGAUACAUACAAGCUAUGGUGAUGUGCUGACCAAGAAAGUAGUAUUUUCAGAUGCAAAAAUGCCGGGACGGUAUAUAAGAGCUAUCAACACAAAGAAGCACAUCCUUGAAAAAACAUUUUUUGCAUUUGCACGACGAGUGCAUCUAAUGAAUAUUAUUGCAUUGAGUUCAGAAACAGAAUGCUGCCCAGAAGGAACGUAUCUCAUAUACAUCACUAAAAGUGAAGAAAGCGUGUCAGAUGACGACUUAAAGUUCUUAGGAAUUGAAGAUGAGGAUAUAAUUGAGGACAUCUCCUAUGAAACCAUAUAUUCAUUCGAACCAGACUUUUUUGAUACUAAAUAA